AUGCCAAGUAACCAUAGCUUUCUACGGGCAAAGGUGUCCGCACAGAGGAAUCGAAAUGUUGUAAAUUCUUCACACAACCCUAAUGAUGUUAAUAAUGAACCCCAGCACACCUUUGAAGGGCAAUCGCGACAGGGAAGUCAUUUCUUCGAUCACCAAGAUAUUAUUAUCCCACAAGAACUACCCCCGGAUAGGGAGCUCUCACUUGCGAUGCCCAGGCAUGGGAAUUCUUCCUUCGGAGGCGCGCUUUUGAUCUCAAACGAAAAGGUCAACGAAAGUCGCGGCUAUCGCGUUCUCUUUUUAUGCCUCUUGGUAAUUAUUGCGGGCUCCACAAAUGGCGUGCACUCGGUUUUCGGUACUCUUCUCAUGGAUGGUGUAUACCGCUACUCUGUCAAGCAGAUGAUGUCGGUAUAUCUGACGGGGCAGGUGUUUGGAAUGUUUACGUUUCCCUUUGGUUUAUUGUACGACUUGUUCGGCCCGCGUGUCCCGAUAUUAUUAUGCACCAUCCUGAUAAGCCUUGGAAAUCUCCUGUUCGCGCUCAUGUUUGCCGGGCAUAUCAGCCAGACCCCCACCAAAUCCGCGAUUUUUUACGCGAUCAUGUGUUGGGGCUGCUACGGAACGCAGGUCUCUGCGCUACCGUGCGCACUUACCUACAUGCCGCGCGACCGUGGGCAGCCCCUAGGGUUUUUGGUCACCUUUUCUAAUAUCGGUGCAUCACUCUUUGCCUGCUUCUUUCGUGGAUUUUUUCCCAACCACUUUGACCGUCUGAUGUGGUUUAUGUUUGCCUUUUGCGUCUUAUUCGGGCUACUUGCGGUGUGGUACGUCGAGGAUGCUCCUUACGUGACGACGGAGUAUGAGCGGUCCCGAAUCACAUUGAAGAAAAAGGUGGAUCGCUACCUCAUACGCAAUCGGUAUAUGUCGCAGCUCAUAUCCAAACGCCGCUUUUUUUAUUUCACACUAUGCUUGAUCGCGCUGAACUUUUACUUAACUAUUCAGGCCAUCAUCGCGGGUUACCGUAGAGACGAAAUGACCAAGGGCAACUACCGCGGCAUUUCUAUCGGUGCAGUCAUCGUGGUAUCGUUCACAAGUGUCUUGAUAUGGCCCCUUCGUUGUAUGGAUGGGAACCCGGAACGUGAUACCAACUUCUUCCGUAUCGCAAAAGAGAAAGAGGCGGAAGCAAGGCGGCAGGUCGCCAGGCGUGGAUCGGAAUAUGAGAUCGAAGAGCCAGUACAGCAACCACGGGAGGAUACCAAUCAGAUAGAGCUUAUUGAGGUCAACCUCCAAGAUUCAGAUGAAAACGUCGCCCCCACAAUCCCGAACCCGCUGAGUGAGCGUUCAGGCAAUACACUUCCCAACUCCGAGCAGGCACAUCCCGCCGGAGACACCACUGACGCUUCAGGUGUGCACGAACCAAUAUGUGAGGGGAACUCAAACUCAACCCCAGCUGCUGAAAAUCAUGUUCAAGGUAAUGAGUGGAAUCACACAGAUGAGGCGAUGCAGCCUUUAGUCCUCACAUCUCGCGAGCCGUCCAGGUACGCUGCGCCGUACUUCGAGAUGAUCAAUAUCGGCCAUGAGGGCUUCUUGGCUCCGGUCUACGAGAUCUCUUUUUGGAAAAGCCUUUGCCACCUUGACGUUUGGCUUAUGUUCUAUACAACGUUUGUGAUGUGGGGCAUCGGCAUGACUAUGACGGGGAACUGGAACAUCAAAAUAAUGCUUACCGCGCGGGAUAAGAAUAUAACUUAUGCAGAAUAUAUAUUUUUUGCGUCCAUGUCUGGCAUUAACAUGGCUGGCGGGCGAACUUUCGUUGGAACGUAUGAGCAGAUUCUGAAUAAGAUAUACGUAAAGUUUGGAACUCCUAUGGUGUCUACUUGGGCCUACCCUGUUGCCUCGGUUGGCAUGUUUAUCGCCAUGAUCCUAUGGAUAGCCCUCCCAGGUAACUAUUCUCUCGUUGUUGCUUACCUGAUUGGUCCUUUCAUGUUCGGUAUGAGCCAUUCAUUGACAUUUUACAUUCUCGGAUCCAUGUUUGACCGCCACAUGGGGAUGCACUACAGCUUCAGCUUCCUGGCCGGAGAGAUUGGGCUGAUUGUUUUCUAUUACUUGUCAUGGUACCUGUCGUACGAUCAUCAUUCGACAAACUACCCAAUAGUUGGUCGCAUUUGCAUCGGUCAGCGAAAGUGCAUGAAUACAUUCGUCGGUAUUUGCAUUGCCUUUGCAUUCAGCAGCAUUUUCACAUCGCUCUGGGUGCACUUGCGGCACAAGAAGCUUCUUGAGGGAAAGAGAUCCCAGCAAAAGGAAUCCCCAUAA